CUGUUGCUGAGUCCCUCUCACUGCUGGAGGCUGGAGAUCCGGACCCCCCGGGGGGAACCCAUCGCAGCCCGGAGCUGCCCUUUCCAGGCCAUGGACCCCGAGGUGUCCCUGCUGCUGCUCUGCCCCCCAGGGGGGCUGCCUGAGGAGCAAGUGAGAGUGGAGCUGAGUCCCGCCCACGAUCGCCGCCCGCUGCCCGGAGGGGACUCGGCCAUCGCUGCAGUUUGGGAGAGCAGACUGCAGACCCAGCCCUGGCUCUUCGAUGCCCCUAAAUUCCGCCUGCACUCGGCCACCCUGGCGCCCGCCGGCUCCACUGGGCCUCCGCUGCUCCUACGCUUGGGCCUGACUUCCUACCGAGACUUCCUGGGCACCAACUGGGCCAGCUCUGCCGCCUGGCUGCAGCAACAGGGGGAGACCGACUGGGGUGACAAGCAAGCCUACCUGGCAGACCCCUUGGGGGUCGGUGCUGCUCUGGCCACUGCAGAUGACUUCCUUGUCUUCCUUCGUCGCUCUCGGCAGGUGGCUGAGGCUCCAGGGCUGGUAGAUGUGCCCGGAGGGCAUCCUGAGCCUCAGGCCCUGUGUCCCGGUGACAGACCCUCGCACAAGGACCUCCAAGGGGAGCUUGUGGUGCAUGAGCUCUUCUCCAGCAUCCUCCAGGAGAUCUGUGAUGAGGUGAAUCUGCCACUGCUCACCCUGAGCCAGCCGCUGCUACUGGGCAUUGCCCGCAACCAGACCAGUGCAGGCCGUGCCAGUGCUGAAUUCUUCAUCCGAUGCAGCCUGACUUCGGAGCAGGUGAGGAAAUACUACCUAAGUGGGGGACCGGAGGCCCACGAGUCUACAGGAAUCAUCUUUGUGGAGACCCAGAAAGUGCAGAGGCUGCAAGAGACAGAAAUGUGGGCUGAGCUCUGUCCUUCGGCCAAAGGCGCCGUCUUCCUCUACAACCUGGUCCAAGGAAGUUAGUUCCACAUGACUGCCUUGGGGGGAGUCCCCCAGCCCCAUCAUCACAGCUCAGAAGGCAAUAAAGAACUUUUAUUCUUGGA